GCAUUCACUUUGGGGCUAAUUGUCUUGCCUCCACUUGCCAGAUAAAAAGAUAAAAAAAUCAGUGUUCUUCUCCAUUUUCAUACCAGUAAUAAUGGGAAGAGCACCUUGUUGUGAGAAAGUUGGUCUCAAGAGAGGCAGAUGGACUACAGAAGAGGAUCAAACUCUCACUAAUUAUAUUCUUGCUAAUGGUGAAGGUUCUUGGAGGUCAUUACCCAAAAAUGCUGGAUUAUUAAGAUGUGGAAAGAGUUGCCGACUGAGAUGGAUUAAUUACUUGAGGUCUGAUCUGAAGAGAGGAAACAUAAAAACUGAAGAGGAAGACAUAAUCAUCAAGCUGCAUUCAACUUUGGGUAACAGAUGGUCUCUAAUAGCCGGACAUCUACCAGGUAGAACAGACAAUGAGAUUAAGAACUACUGGAACUCUCAUCUAAGCAGAAAGGUUGAAAGCUUAAGGAUCCCAAGUGAUGAAAAGCUGCCUAAAGCUGUAGUUGAUUUGGCUAAAAGGGGUGCAUUGAAGCCAAUCAAACAUAAUAGAAAAACAAACCGAUCCACCAUCAAGAAAAAUAAAACAUCAGAAAGUUCUGCUUCAAACUUGUCAGAGCCUAAGCAAGCUAAAGAAAAUGGUGGACCUUUGAGUGCAUCAGUUCCUAUGCCCUCAACACCAAACAUGGAAAAAGAGGCCUUAUCUAGCACCAUUAGCUCAGGGAUAGAUGGGCUAGCUAGUGUUAGUGCUAUGGUUUCAAUGCAAGAAGAUUAUAUAGCAAACAUAGCAGCGCCAAAUCCUUGGACUGGGUCCACAGAGGCUCACAGUAGCCUUAGUUCAGCAGAUAGUGGGAUGGAAUGGCUUGACGAGAUUAUGCCAGACGUGGUCAUUGAUGAUCAAGAUAUGGACCCAAAUUUCAUUUUGACUAGUUUAGAGAACGGGCAAGAAGAAACAUCGGAAAAAGUUACCGCCGAGACAGCGAAUAAUUACUGCGGGACCAUGCACAGUAACAACAAAGAUCAUAACAAUAAAAUAGUAUCAAGUGAAGAUAUGCAAAUGGAGAAUAAUCCAGAGAGUGAAGCUGUAUCAAUAAAUGAGAAAAACAAGGAAACGAGAUUAUUAAUGGAGGCGGAUGGUACAAUUGAAUGGGAUUGGCAAGAUCAAUUAGUAUGGCCAUGGGAAGAAACAGAACAAGAAAACAUAGUAUCAUCCAUUCCUAGUUGGCCGUUUUGGGAUAGUGACAAUACCGAGUUACUUCAAAAUUGCGCGAAUGAAGCAACGGUGGAUAUAAAUUCCGUGCAUUACAGUGAAAAAAACCAAAAACAUAGUGCCCUUGUCGAUUGGCUUUUGUCUUAGCCUUCAGCUAGAUGCAGAAUAUGGCACAUCAUUUGAUAAGUAUGUAACACGUCAGUAAAUUUGCCAAUACUCUGCUAAGAUUCACUGUCUUUUGGUAUUGUGUAGCAUAUAUUUAGUACAUGGAAAUUGGAAUAACAAAUUAUGUACA